AUGGGAAUUCAUCUUUCAAAAAAUAAACAAUACAAAGAACUUGGUAAUAAUAAUGAAGAUAACAAUAACGAACAGGAAAUUAAUAAAGAACGAAAAUAUUAUUUGCCUAAUGAUAAUGAAGAUGUUGAUAGAUUGCAUACCGCUCAUUUUUUAACUCGAUAUUUAUAUACAAGUAACUUUUCUUCACCUAUAGAAAAAAAAUUAAUUCAAGGUGGAGCAAAAGUUAUAGAUGUUGCAUGCGGUCCAGGAACAUGGCUAUUAGAUGUCGCCGGGAAUUAUAUGGAAAGUUGUUUCAUUGGAAUUGAUUUAGAAUUUGUAUUUCCAAGUGAGAUAAAACCGAAAAAUUUGGUAUUCGUACAAGCAGAUAUACUAAAUGGGUUACCUUACAACGAUGAUGAAUUUGAUUUUGUACAUCAAGAAAAUAUGAUGCACACACUCGAAUCAGACAAAUGGGAUUUCGUAAUAUCUGAAUUGGUUAGAAUAACAAAACCUGGUGGAUAUAUUGAACUAUUUGAAUCAUCUACGUCGAGAAAAGAUAUUGGACCUAAAUUUAACGAAUUUCUUGAUGCACCGUCAAUACGAGGAGUAGAUAUGAAUAUAACACCACGUUUACCUUCAAUGUUACAAUCUCAUCAAAAUAUCUGUAAU